AUGAAGGUGGGGCUGGGAGGGCUAUUAGUCUCAACAGCAGGCACGGCGGCGGGGGGAAUUAGCAACGGAGUAGCAGCGGCAGCGACGAAGAGCCGCUACGGCAGCUUCAUCGCUGGCGUGAAUACCGCCGGCCAGGGGAUAGUAAUUAUGCAGAUUGACGAUGUCGUCCUCGGCAGGCUGGAGAGCAGCCACGCGUUCGGCCACCGCGUGACGUUCGCCAACGUGGAUGCAGCUUCCCUGCCGCCUUUCAUAACUUCUCGUUUCGCUGGGGUGACGGUGGGGCAGUUUAAAGUCUCCUCAGCGACGCGGAUUUCCGUGGAGCCCUCCUCCGCUGUCCCAAUGCUCUACAGCGCCAGGCUUCGGUUCCCCGUUUACGAUGUCGGCAGCGACAGGGCCCGCCCCGAAGACAAGCACGCGUCGGAUGGCAGCGCCCUCCUGCUCAUCCCACACGGCGGGAUGUUCCGGGGCGGGCCGUUCCGCAAGUUUAAGGCGUGGGUCGCGUGCGGCAACGGUGACAGUCCCGACGCCGGACGCGUGGAGCUCGCCAUCAGGGAAUCCGCUCCCGACGACUUCGUCGCUCAGCUACAAGCAGCGGCCGAUAGCAGCACGCCCCUCUACGUGUAUGGUGCCAAGAUCAGCCCCUCCAAUAGCAAAGCUUAUAUGAAUAGCGUCUUCCUCAGCGGCUCGCUUGUAGCAGCAGCGAGUGCCCCCGGCAAACGCCCUCCCAAACGAGUGCACACCUUCCAGGCGGCUGUUCAGCGAACUACCGCAGCCACCGUGCCCGCCGACACGACUGAUAUGGUAUUGGCUUGGGAGCAGCGUAGCCGCAGUGCCCUUGUUUUACCGUCGGAUGGUCCACACGCCUCGGCCACCCUGUCACCCAACCCCACUUCUGUCACUGUAGUCGGCUCACUACCGGUCCUCCCGCUCGUCCUCACAAUCGGCAGCCGCAGUUAUCCGGUGUGCACCGACAGCAUCGCCGUCAUGCAACAGUUGCCAAACUACGACGAGUUCUUCGGCAGCGCCAGCUUCGCAGACGAUAAUGAUCGUAUGGCGUACGCUGCUUACGACUCGUUCACCGUCACCGGUACCAUCACCACCAAGACAGAAGGGCUGGGUGCAUUCCGUGCACUUGUGGGUUCGACUCCCACACAAGUUGGCGGCGUCCCUCGCAUCUACACUGCGGGCCCCACCAAAUUCGCCACAAAAAUUGCCUGCAUCUCAGAGCAGGCAACCGCCGCGUAUGAUAUGGAAGUAGCGAUGAUGGCCAUGCCCACGCCUUACGUCCAACUCUGGAAACAGGCAGCGCAGCAGCGGCAACCACUCUAUUCAAUAAACGGCCGAAUCACACAAAAAGACAAGUGGCAGCCAGUCGUAUGGCUCGGUGGAGUCUUGGUUACAGCGGCAUAUCCCAGCAAGGUCGUACGUCGAUGGGUAGACCUGGCGUCGGCAGCAAUCGACGAUCAGCAACUGCCGCAAUCAGUAACUACAACAGCCAGCACAGGCCCAUCUACCUACACCCAUCCCGUAUUGGCAUGGGAACGCCGGAAUGCUACAGCCGUGGUACUACCUGCCGACGGUACACACAAAGACAUGCGACUACAACCUAACCUGAUGUUAGAAGUUAGUGUAGACCAACAGCCGGUAAUCCCCCUCGUAUUGCAUCGAGGGGACAAUACCGCCACGUAUCCAGUCUGUGCGUCCGAAUUAGCCGUACUACAGCAACUACCAGGUUUCCAGGACUUCUUCGCGGACCAGGACUUCGCGACGACGGAGAGUCGACAACAAUACGUCACAGAAGAACAGUGGACGCUCCACUGCGACGUAAAGACGACAACACACGGACGCACCACCUUCGUGACGGACAUCCGCCCCAUCUGA